CGCACUGCUGUGCCGCAAUUCUGCAGCGCAAGGUACCGAAUUCUGGGAUCACGGUAGAGCUAACACCUAGAUAAAAAGUCGGACGCCAGUUAGAACCUACAAUGAUUCGUACCUCAGUGACCGGCCCUCUAAGCGUUGAAAAUGACUAUACCGAUUUCGAAAGAGCGCGGUAGGGAGGUGGUCGCAGAGAUGCGCAGAAAGAAUGGAGGAAUGAGUCAAAAGCUGACAGAGAAACUCCAUUUACUGGAGAAGGACGAUGAAUCUGAAUUGCUGGGAAUUAUUUCCGGGCUCCGCGGACAGCUGGGUGCUUCUCUGAGCAGCUUGACCGACAACCUCAACUCGGAGGAUACUCGUUUCAUCUAUGAGCUCAUCCAGAAUGCAGAAGACACCAAGUUCGACGUCGCUUUAAGUAAGGGCGAGACCCCUUUUCUCUCCUUCGACAUACUCCCAAAACAUGUCAUCGUCGAUUCGAACGAAGAUGGUUUCACAGAAGAGGACGUGAGAGCCAUCUGCGAUAUCAACAAAAGUACAAAGGCUGGACAGCAACAGAAAGAACGUCGCGGUUAUAUCGGGGAGAAGGGCAUCGGCUUCAAAUCCGUGUUUAGAGUUGCUAGCAGGGUCCACAUUCAAUCUGUCAAUCUUUCCUUCUCAUUCAAGCGACCAAGCGUGGACCUCAGGGACUCCAUGGGGAUGAUUACUCCCAUGGACGAGGACUUUCUCCCUUUACCACCUUCUGUUCGAACGCGGAUGGUUUUAACUCUAACGAACCCCGCGAGCAUCAAAGAGUCAGUAAAAGACUUGUUCGACCUCCAGGGCACUAUGAUGCUGUUUUUCAACAAGCUAAAGCAGCUCAAAGUCAAUGACCAUCUUGAUAGCGAUAGCAUCACGACAACCAGCUAUACUUACAACAAAGGGGGACUGAACGAUGAAAGAGGGCAGAUUAAAAAGCAAGUUCAGCGAAAUUGCGACGACCCAGAGAUAUCAAUAUCGUACUUUCGCGUUUUCGAGAAGGACGUGAGCGGUCUGCCAGAACACCAGCUUCGGAAAACAAGAUCUGCUCCGGUGGCAUUGGCGUUUCCGGUCACUGCCAAAGAUGAGCCGAUUGUGGUACCUCAAAUGACGUACGCUUAUCUCCCUCUACGCAAAGCCAACUUCAAUUUCCUCAUUCAAUCAGACUUUGUCACAUCAAUCAACAGAGAGGACGUAGACCACUCCGAAAGGAACAAGGCGCUUCUGACUGAAAUUGGUAGUCUUUUCGCAGUCGCUGUUCUUGAAUUUUGCCGUCACAAGACUUUGCGGUAUAGCUGGCCUCUUUGGCUUCCCUAUGAUGCCGUUCCCAGCGACUUCUGGUCCAUUGCAAAAGAUCGCAUUGUCGAAACCCUCAAAUCUACCAGAAUACUGUUCUCGCGGAGUAACAAUGACUUAUUUCUACCAACGAGUCUCCGUAAACCCGGAAGCGACAGCGUCGAUAAAUUUGGCAACCCGUUAUUCCGCGAUAUACUCCCUGAAAUAUACAUUUCUAAGGCGUAUGAAGGGAAUCCAUUGGGCCGGCUUUAUGAAGUUCUCGGCCUCAAAACCGAGAACAUUACUGAGUUUUUAGAUCGAGUAUCGGCCGAUCUUCAAGAGCAGGAUUCGCUGUGGAAGAGUAGUACUACGUCAGAUGAAUGGCAGUCCAGAGCAUCAGUGGCCUUGAAAGAAUUUCUGAAAAAAUUCGCACCAGGGAUACAGCGUAAAAUAAGGCAGCUUAAGCUAAUACCCCUUACGAGCAACCGCUGGAUUGCUGCAGAUGACGUUGACAGCUCUGUCUACUUCGAUCGCACUGACGGAGUUCCAAUUCCAAAUGACCUAGGUCUCUGCCUGGUUCCAAACUCAAUGACUCAGAACAUAGCUCGACAAGAGCUGUUCGAAAAACUUGGUGUCCAGCCUUGCACUCCGAGUUUGGUGAUCCAGAAGAUUGAUGAUAGAUACCGAGAGUAUUGGUUGAAGAGUCCUUUCGGCAGACAAAUUGAACUCGCCGACGCUGUUUCUCAUAUUGGCUAUCUUUUUCAAAAAUCUCCACCGGAGGACUCUAUUGCGAACCAUGACAUUGGCCUGUUUGGAAAUAGCUCCCUGGUACGGUUGUGUGGAACCGAAAAGUCGAACCUAUACUUUCGAAACCCACGAGACCAAGAUGAAUACGGCCCUUCAAGCUUGCUUCGGGACGACAAAGAUGAGCCUGUGCGUCUCAGGAACCAUACAGAGCUGAAAGCCGAAUUUCUCGAUGACGCGUACUUCUCGGCAGCGGGGGAGCACGAGCGAAACGACGGAAAUACCUUCCGGUCCUGGCUCCAAGUUUGGGCCGGCGUGAGAUCGAGCAUACCGCUGCUCGACGAUACUGGAACGUCGCUCUCUGUCGAAGCAGAAUAUGUGCGGCAACGCCAGCCAGACAAAUUCGUUGGGUUCCUGAAGCGCAGUUGGCGAGCGAGCGGACUCGAUGAUAAGAUGUUCUUCGCCGCUCGAAAAAGUCUUCGCCAGAUCGACGUACUUACGCAGAAAGGCUUCACCGAACUUCGGAAGGCGUAUCUACCGACCCCGGAGAUGAUCGAAUUCGCCGAAAAGCUGCAAAUCUCCGACUUCCCAUUUCUGCAGCUUCCUCAGAAAUUGGAUUUGUUGAACCAAGAUGACUGGACGUUCUUGCGACAUGUGGGAGUAGUGGUCACUUCAACCAGACAAUUCUAUCAACAAUGCCUCCUGGAAGUUAAAGCCCAGACAGAAGGUCCUGGCACAGCUGCAUCAGCUUGCACCGUAUAUCAAGCAUUAUCCUCAUGCUGCAACAGUACUACUGAGCUGGAAUCUAUUCGAAAGUGGCUACGGGAAAAUGAAGGGAUAUACUUUCGGCAGGCCUUUAACAUGAAAUUAUCGGUUUCCAAAUGGCAAUCCCAUGACUCCUGUAUCUGGGACGGCCCGUCAUGGGAGACUUAUGCCUCCGUUCUCAAAAGUGUCCCAGAAUAUACCGGCUUACAAGACUUUUUCCGAGUGACGUUAAAAAUAAGAGAUAUAUGUCUUGAAGAUGCCCUGAAGGAGCUUCAAUGGAGGAGUUGCGGGAAGGGGGUCGCAGCAGUUGUCGAAAUCAAGGCCAUCUAUCAUUAUAUUUGGCGACAAGUUGAACAUGAUUCAAAUGGCGCGCCUUCAAUCAAGGCUGCCUUUGAAAAGGAGAAGAUGAUCUUCAACUGUCCAAGCGGAUCGUGGCUGUCCGCUAGCGAUGCUAUCUGGGCGGACGCAACCUUGCAGAUUCCGGACAAAGUUUCUAUUGCUGCACAGUAUCCGGAACUGAAAGACUUCUUUCUAGGAAUCCUAAAGGUCCAAAAGCCUGAUUUGCAGAUGCAUAUUGAUGCGCUGAAGGCGCUUGGCGGAGAUCUAUCCAGAUACGCAGACAUCAAAAGGAGUAUUAUCCAGAUUUCGUUAAUGGAUCCUACCAAAGAUGACCUGGACAAAUUCGGCCGAGCACAAGUAUUUCCGGUCCUUACAAAAGAUAAGCAAAUGAGACUUGCGGACAAAGAUGCAGGUUUUUUCAUUCUGGAUCGUAAGGAGCAUAUAUCUGCAUUUGAAGACAGACUGAAUAAGUUGGAUUUUUCUCUUGCGGAAAUUCAGAAGGCCGGCGCAUUCCUUGAUGCAGCCGGAUUGAGCGGACGGUAUAGCUCAGCCUGCGUGGACGAGAGCACGACCGCGGAGGGAGGCUGUCGCAGUGUACGACUGACAGGUUCUUUCAAUGAGAAGGCAUACUUUAUGACCUGCUGUGCUCUGCACUUUGGCAGCGCGAAGUUCGGGAGCGACGAGACAGGUCUCUACGACCUCUUUCGAUCCACGUCAAUUUAUACCAGUGGCGGCAUUUCAACGUCAAUUACAUUGACUCAGUACGACAUAACACACCGGGUCCCUCUACCGAGCGCGAAAUUCCACCUCGAACAUAGAAACGGGCGAUUGGACCUCUACGUCCCUAGGCGCAGAAGUGAUCAAGAGGUUUGCUUCAAGCAGCAACUUCCUAGCAGCAUUUUUCGGUUUCUCCUCUGCCGAAACUCUAGAGCAGAGAAAGUCCUCGGGGACAUUAUCCAGUCCAGUUGCGUCUCGGUCGCUGACAGAAUAAUUACAAAUGCCGGGGUGGCCGAGCUCGAGGGCCUAGACAAACCCGACGUAGACGACGACGACGAUGACGAUGCCGAAGAUGACUAUGACGGCAGCGAGGAAAAUUCACCAGACUCAAACCAGCAUCGAACAUCCUCUGUUCAAGGGGGUGUGUUCAUGCCAGCUGUCUCUGAUACCGCACCAAAUAGCGCGCCUUCUCAACCCGCAUCCCCAAGCCGAGACAGAUUAAGAUCUACUUCCGAUGCAUAUGAUGCACCUGCCUUAAGCCGUACGUCGAGUAGCGAAGAAAUAGUUGAAAGGGAUAGGAUCCACAUAUCUCCUGAAAUACCGGACAGAGACUCGACCUCUCAAAUGGCGCCUUACACUGAACUCCUCAAACACAUAGUAGAGGCCGCGGCGAGAACAGCUCUACCCAAUAUCGGCGAGUCAGUUUUCUCUGAGCCUGCGGACCCAACGGCAUUGUGGACCAAUCUGAACACCGAGGCCGUCUUUGGGCCCCGCUUGUUGGAUCGUGAUAACAUGAUCGGAGCAGCUGGAGAGCUAUUUGUCUUUGAAUUUCUUUGCAGCCGCCUCCAAGAUUUCGGUAAGCUUAACUGGCCGAGCACCAUCCGGAAAUACAUACGUGUGCAUCCGAGCCAUACGACUCUAGAACCAUGGAAAGGCACUGAAACAGCCGAUCUUGUAUACGAGGACAGCUCUGGAAGGCUGAGGGAGUUAUUGGUUAAUGCGGGAUAUGACUGUCCGUCAAAGCCGUCUACAAAGUUUCUUCUUGAAGUCAAGACGACUACGAAAGAUUGCUCGGAACCCUUUUUUAUGAAAAGCGGGCAAUACAAUCUGAUGCAAAGGGCGCAUAGCUCCCUCCUUUCGGACACGCCCGAAGUGUAUGUUCUCUGCCGAGUUUUUGGCAUUUCAUCCCGAAGAAUUGGGUGGAGGCUAUUCCUGGACCCAGAGGCCGCUCGUGAGACAGGAGAGCUGCAAUUCUCGACGCACAGCUGGAAGGUAGCGUCUAGAUAAGGUUGAAGAGAUCCAAAGAAGCAUUUCACGCAUGCGCUUGGUUUACAGUACGGAAUACUGAUGCUUAAAUCACUCUUCCACUUUCGUUUCCGCACAAAAUUCUUGUAGAGAUACACUUUCGACGUUUAGUAAAUCUCGCCUAGCGUCAAGGGCCGUUUCUAGGGUACAUAACUAACUUCUGAUGCGGUUCUUAUAGCUACUCAAAGAGC